AUGUUUGCCGAUAUUUAUCAUAGGCUUUCGUCACCGCCCAUCAUGGCGGACAGCCUCUCACCAGAAUGUACACCCCUCAAGUCAAAGUACGAUACAUGCUUCAACGCCUGGUUCGAAGGUUAUCUUGAGCCAGCAGUGGGAGUCUCGUCCUCGGAGCGCUCAGCGUACUCCAAACAAAAGGCUGAUGAGUUUGAGGCGAAGUGCGGGAAGGUUUGGGAGCAAUAUCGGGCGUGUGUCCAGAAAGCCGUGAUGGAAAAGGGGUUGGGGAAGCUCUUAGAGCAAGCACGCGAGGAAAACCCUCUGAGGGAGCCCCCUGUUGUCCAGUCAUCUAAAAGGACGUCGUGA